GUGCGACGGGAGCGGGUGAGGUGGAGUUACAGAGAGGGAGAGAGGCAGAGAGAGAGAAGUCUUCCACCCAUUGGUUCACUCUCCAUAUGGCCUCAUUGGCUGGGGCUGGGCCAGAUUGAAGCCAGGAGCGAGGAGCUGCUUCCAAGUCUCCCACAUGGGUGCAGGGGCCCAAGCACUUGGGCUAUCAGCUGCUGCUUUGCCAGGUCAUAAUGACAUCAGCAAAUAAGACAGUUCAAUUACAACUACAAGUGAAACAAAAUGCAGAAGAGUUACAGGACUUUAUGAGGGAUUUAGAGAACUGGGAAAAAGACAUUAAACAAAAGGAUUUGGAACUAAGGAAACAAAAUGGUGUUCCUGAAGAGAUUUUGCCUCCUAUUCGAAAUGGGAGUUUUAAGAAAAAGAAGAAAGGGAAAGCUAAAGAGGCUUCCAGAAAAACCAAAGAGGAAAACACGAAAAACAGGAUCAAAUCUUAUGAUUAUGAGGCAUGGGCAAAACUUGAUGUGGACAGCAUCUUGGAGGAGCUGGACAAGGAAGAAGGCACCCAGGAUUCUGUGUCCCAAGAGUCAGAGUCAGAAGAAGAUGGGAUUCGUGUAGACACUCAGAAGGCCCUCACUCUAAAGGAAAAGGGCAAUAAAUACUUCAAGCAAGGAAAAUAUGACGAGGCAAUCGAAUGCUACACGAAAGGCAUGGAUGCUGAUCCCUAUAAUCCUGUGUUACCAACAAACAGAGCAUCAGCGUACUUCAGGUUGAAAAAGUUUGCGGUUGCUGAGUCUGACUGUAAUUUAGCCAUUGCCUUGAAUCGAAGCUAUGCAAAGGCGUACGCCAGGCGGGGCGCUGCUCGGUCUGCUUUGCAAAAAUUAGAGGAAGCCAAAAAAGAUUAUGAAAAAGUAUUAGAAUUGGAACCAGAUAACUUUGAAGCAACAAAUGAACUUCAGAAGAUUAAUCAGGCUUUAUUGUCCAGAGGAAGCUCACAGCCCACAGGAGCAGCCGUGGUGGGGAGGUCACCUGAGGGAGAGGGGACGCCCACGGAGGAACAGAAUCGGCAGCAGGCCAUGGCGCAGAAGGACCUGGGGAAUGGAUUUUUCAAAGAGGGGAAGUAUGAAAGGGCGAUUGAAUGCUACACCCAAGGGAUGGCAGCAGAUGGCACGAAUGCCCUUCUCCCUGCAAACAGAGCCAUGGCCUACCUGAAGAUAGAGAAAUACAGAGACGCUGAAGAAGACUGCACUCGCGCUAUUGCUUUGGACGGCUCCUACUCCAAAGCUUUUGCCAGAAGAGGAACUGCGAGGAGCCUUUUGGGGAAGCUGAGUGAAGCCAGGCAAGAUUUUGAAACGGUUUUACUCCUGGAACCUGGAAAUAAGCAAGCAGUGACUGAACUUUCCAAAAUAAAAAAGGAAUUGAUUGAGAAAGGGCUCUGGGACGAGGUCUUCCUUGAGUCCACACAGAGACAGAAUGAAGUAAAACCCACCGAGAACCCGCCUCAGGCUGGAUGCACUAAACCACUCAGGAAGGUUGUGAUUGAGGAAACUGGACACGUGGUAGACCUGCUCCAAGAGGCAGACAGCACAGCCACCGCCACCCCUCAGGGGGCUCCCGUCAGCGUGGCACACACAGCAGCUGUCCCGGGCAUAGCAAGUAAGAAGAAUUCAAGCCAGGAUGGUGCUUUGCCCACCAGUGACACUCCAAGAGCAAAAGUGUUGAAAAUCGAAGAAGCAAGCGACACCUCGGGCUCACACCCCCAGGCCAGGCAGAGGCAGGGCGUGUGGCAUUCUCCCCCAGAGAAGUCGGCUGCAGGGGUGGGACUGGCGCCUCCUCACCUGGCCACGGCAGCGCUCCCUCCGGUUCCUGCAAACUCCUUCCAGCUCGAAUCCGAUUUCAGGCGACUACGAAGUUGUCCGGAUGUGUUGUACCAGUACUUGAAGCAAAUUGAGCCAUCCCUGUACCCUAAGCUGUUUCAAAAGAAUCUAGAACCAGAUGUGUUCAACCAAAUCGUGAAGAUUCUGCAUGACUUUUAUAUUGAGAAGGAGGAGCCAUCACUCAUCUUUGAAAUCCUGCUGAGACUUUCUGAACUGAAAAGGUUUGAAAUGGCUGUGAUGUUUAUGUCAGAACCAGAAAAAAGGACUGUGAGUGCGUUGCUCAGUCACGUGGACGGAGCAGGGCUGGGGGGCAGCUCCCUUGAGGACCUCAGGAAGAGAUACGGCAGCUGAGCUCCCUUUGCUGGAGUGAAUUUAAUGUACAUUUUUCUACUGAAAAUAAAGUGUUUUGCUUUUUAAGGAAAUAAACCAGAAAGGACUGUUUUUGGAGAUAAGCUGAUUAACCAUAGUGUGCAUUGUGAUUUAACUUGUGAGAAAUGUAUUAUUCAGAUGAACUAUUUAUAUGUUUUGUUCUGAAAAUAAAAAUGUAUGCAAUGAAGUAUAUU